AGGUGUAAGCUCCAGGGUUCUGCUCGACAAUCUGCGUUCUCAAUGGAUGGUGACUAUGUUAUUGGAGGUGUUUUCUCCAUUCACAUCAACAUGCACACUGUGAAACACAAUUACAUCAGCAAACCUAAUCCUGUACAGUGCAAAGGGAGCAUUGACUCCCGUGAACUGAGGUUCUCACGAGCAAUGGUCUUUGCCAUUGAGGAGAUUAACAAUAGCACAGAGCUGCUGCCGGGCAUCAGGCUCGGAUACCAGAUCCAUGAUUCAUGUGCUUCAGUUCCAGUGGCAAUCCAAGUGGCAUUCCAGCUUUCAAAUGGCCUGGACAUGAUGUUUGACACAGGCGACAAAUGCUCACAAUCUGGUAUGAUGAUGGGUGUUGUUGGUGAGUCUGGUUCCACGCCAUCCAUCAGCAUGUCACGGGUCAUCGGGGCCUUUGACAUUCCUCAAGUGAGCCACUAUGCAACUUGUGCAUGUUUGUCUGAUAAGCAGCAGUACCCAACUUUCUUCAGAACAAUCCCCAGUGACCAGUUCCAGGCUGAUGCUCUUGCCAAACUGGUGAAACACUUUGGGUGGUCGUGGAUAGGUGCCAUCCGCUCUGAUUCUGAUUAUGGUAAUAAUGGCAUGGCGACUUUCCUACAUGCAGCACAAAAAGAGAGAAUCUGUGUAGAAUAUUCAGAAUCAUUUGAUCGGACGAACCCACUGAGCAGGAUUAAGCAAGUGGCUGAUGUUAUCCGCAGGUCUACAGCUGUGGUGAUUGUGGCAUUUGUGUCUUAUGGUGAAAUGAGGAUCUUGCUGGAGGAGUUGGCACAACAGCCGUCUCCACGUCGUCAGUGGAUAGCCAGUGAAUCAUGGGUAACUGACCCAAAUGUACUGCAGUUUGAUUUCUGUGUUGGAACAAUUGGAUUUGGGAUUCAGCAAUCUGUAAUCCCAGGCCUGAGAGACUUCCUACUUGAUCUGUCUCCCACUAAAGUUGCUGCCUCUCCUGUGCUUACUGAAUUCUGGGAGGAUGCAUUCAAGUGUCACCUAGGACAAGGCACUGCCAAAGAUGAGAGUGCAUGUGAUGGAAGCCAAAAUAUCCAGACACUCCAAAGCCCGUACACUGAUACGUCUCAGCUGCGAAUCACUAACAUGGUGUAUAAAGCUGUUUAUGCCAUAGCACAUGGCAUUCACAACACAGUGUGUCAGCAAACGAAUUCCACAACCCAGUGUGACAAAUUUACCAAGAUAAAGUAUACACAGCUUCUCAGUCAUCUAAAGAAAGUAAAGUUCUCUCAAAAUGGUUAUCAUGUCUCAUUUGACAUCAACGGGGAUCCAGUGGCUGUAUAUGAGCUGGUGAACUGGCAGAAAAACAAGAACGGCAGCACUGAGCUGGUGACAGUAGGGCUGUAUGAUGCAUCUCUACCAGCAGGCCAGGAGUUCCGUAUCACCAAGAAAAUCACCUGGCUGGAUGGUGGAAACCAAGUACCUGUGUCAGUGUGCACGGACAGCUGUCCUCCAGGAACCCGUAAAGUGCUGCAGAAAGGCAAACCUGUUUGCUGCUACGACUGUACACCGUGUCCUGAAGGGGAGAUUAGUAAUACCACAGACUCCCCUGAUUGUUUCCGUUGCCCUUCUGAGCUCUGGCCUGGUGCAAAGAGAGACAUUUGUCUGCCCAAGCCUGUUGAGUUUCUUUCCUUUGAUGAAGUCCUGGGAAUCAUCCUGGCCACAUUCUCAGUUGGUGGUGCCUGUCUUGCUGUUAUAACAGCAGCUAUUUUCUUCCAUCACCGGACAACAGCAAUCGUCAGGGCCAACAACUCUGAGCUGAGCUUCCUGUUGCUCUUCUCUCUUGUCCUGUGUUUCUUAUGUUCUUUAACUUUCAUUGGGGCGCCCUCUGAGUGGUCCUGUGUGCUGCGACACACAGCAUUUGGGAUUACUUUUGUCCUCUGUAUUUCUUGUGUCCUUGGGAAAACUAUUGUGGUUCUCAUGGCGUUCAGGGCCACGCUACCAGGGAGUGAUGUCAUGAAAUGGUUUGGUCCACUUCAACAAAUAAUGGCUGUAAUUUCUUUCACCUUCAUUCAAGUUUUGAUAUGCACUAUUUGGCUAGUUCUCAAUCCCCCCUUCCCGAUUAAAAACCUGACAACAUAUAAGGACAGAAUAAUCCUGGAGUGUGCAUUGGGCUCAGCUGCAGGGUUCUGGGCUGUACUUGGUUACAUCGGACUUCUGGCCGUCUUUUGCUUUGUGUUAGCUGUCCUAGCCCGUAAACUACCUGAUAAUUUUAAUGAGGCCAAAUUGAUCACUUUUAGCAUGUUGAUAUUCUGUGCAGUCUGGAUCACUUUUAUCCCAGCAUAUGUCAGUUCUCCUGGGAAGUUCACCGUAGCUGUGGAGAUAUUUGCUAUUUUGGCUUCCAGUUUUGGACUGAUACUGUGUAUAUUUGUUCCAAAGUGUUUUAUCAUAUUAUUUAAGCCAGAAAAGAACAAUAAGAAAAACAUAAUGCCCCGAAAUCCCAGGAAUGUACACGAAAAAAGAGAAAUUCUUGAAAUUGCUUGA